ACUACAGGCCUUCAGCAGUUAACAGAUCUAAUGGCAUCAGCGAGCGGGUUUCCUGCCAGCUUCUACAGUGAGCCUGGUGUUCUUGGCUUUUUGGCCAAUGGCAUAAGCGCAUUCUUAGUACUUCUGCAGAACUUCCAUGGGGCCAGAACUGGCAUUCCUGCAUUUGGAGUGGAGAACAUCCUUGCAGGUGUUCAUCUGAUUCUAAUUGGUGGAGUGUGCCAAAUGAUUGCUGGUUUGUUGUCCUUCCGUAAAUAUGAUCAUCUUAGUGGCACUUCUUUCAUUGGCUAUGCAGCACUUUGGGGAAGUUAUGGUGCAACAAGAAUAUUUCUAGGAGCAAAUCAGCACAAUAUAAACAGCACCAUGAUAAACAGUACACUGGGGAACCUGUACUUAAAUGCUUCUUCUCUCAAUGAGACCUUAAUUCCUACAUACCUCAGUGAGUCGGCCAUAGCUGGGCUGGUGCCCUACUGCUUGCUCUCCUUACUGUUGGCAUUCUGCUCAGCCACAGUUAACUACAUUAUGCCCUUUGUGUUUGGGUCCAUCACUCUCACACUGGUUUUUGAAGCUGUGGGACUAGUGGCAGGCUGGGCUCUUGUGGUAUCAGGAGUGCUAGAGCUUCUCAUCUUGCUCUUCGCAAUAUAUGGCUCAGCAGCACUGCUCAUCAAAGGAGUGGCCCAACGCUAUGUACUGAAGGGUUUUGGUAACCCUCUCUUUAAUGUGCUGCUUCUUGGGACAACCAGUGCCAGCAACUCCAAGAGUUUAGGCCAGGAGAAAAAGAAGAACACCAAAUAUGCUGAACCCAUGGCCUUAGGCUUCUUCUCUGAUACAGUAUCACCAUUCAUAUUUGCCUUCUAUGCCUUUGGGUACUUCCCAUCAAUCACAUUAUCUGCAAUCUGGAUAUCCAUCAACUCUGCUGCCCAGCUCCUCUCCAGUUAUUAUGCUUAUUUGCGCCAAGAUUGCUACCAUGCCACCAAAUUUGGUCUGCACUGCACCUUCUGGCUUGUGAAGACCUGGGAAGAGUAUGUGAUAUCUGUGUUGACUGGAAGGAGUGAAGCAGCUACUGCAAGGCAAGCUAUGGUGGGUAACUGGUUUUUCCUAGCAGCAGCUCUGGUCCUCUGUGUCACCAGUCUGAACAUGGACAUGCUGGAGUUGGUCCACAAUGGUGUCUUCUUCCUGCUGACUAUCUCAACAAUCUCCCAGAUUCCUCUUGAUGGGUACUACAUCUUUUAUGGAGUGGCUUGCUCCAUCUUCACGGCUGUCUCAUUAUAUGGCACCUUUGCACGUCUCAUUAACACCAUUGCUGAGAAGUCACUAAUUCCAGUUGGACCCCAGCCUGUCUCAACUGACAGACUGCAGAGUGGCCUUGGUUGUCUAAGGAAGUCUCAAAAGGAGCAGCAUCAAGGAAAGGGUACCCAACUGCCUGAUGCUCUGUUUUACCUCACCAAUGGAGUGGCAGCUCUCUCAGCCAUUCAGAAUGGCCAGCCCCGUCUGAGUUUUCUGGACAUGACAGUACCCUGGGUGCUCAUCCCAGGGGCCAUCAUCCAGGGUUAUGUCAGCAGAUUACAAGUUCAAGGAGGACAAAGGUUUGGAUCUGUUAUCCCAUCCUUCUAUUUGGCUAUUUGGGCCACCUGGACCUGGUUCAGACUUGCAGGACAUCAGCUGCAGUUUUCAACAGCAUCAGCAAAUGGAUUUGCAGCAGGAGCAAUAGCAUUCUUGGUGAUUAAUGCUUUCCUUAUACUAGUUGCUGCUUAUGGCAAUCUUGUUUUGCUGGCAUUAACUAUUAUCAUGGAGGUCAUUGUGGUGUGCCUUCUUCUGUCCACUCUUGAUAGUCUGCCAUACCAAUUGGAAGUUGCUAUGCUUUCAAUAUUUGCCAUAAUUUGCUUAUAUGGGACUCUGGCAUCACUUGUUAACUGCAUAUUCUCCAAGACCCUAAUACCAGUUGGACCUGCACUCAUAAAGAAUAAUAAUAAGAAGAAAAAAGAUGCUGCUAAAGCUCCAUGUCCAAUUCCAUCCUCUCGUGGUACCAGUGGGCUCCUACAGAUUGCCAAAUUGCUGGAAAACAAUGGAGUAUGUGGUAUUCCGACAGAUACCGUCUAUGCUCUGGCUGCUUCUUGCAAGAAUCCAAGUGCAAUAGAAAAAAUCUACAAUAUCAAAGAUCGUCCUGCAGAGAAGCCCAUCUGUAUCUGCAUCUCUAGUUUGGAGCAGCUUGUUGCAACCAAACCACCAUUUAGUCCUUUGCUCUGGGAGUUCAUGAGAAAUGUCUAUCCAGGAGGCAUCAGCUGUAUUGUACCAAAAGGAGACUGGCUCCUCAAACUUGGUGUGGGGGCUGCGUAUGAUCGUGUGGGGACCAAGGAAAACAUAAUGAUCCGUGUCCCUGACCACACAGUCACUGCACACCUGUGUGACAUCACUGGGCCUUUGGCUAUCACAUCCGCAAACCCUAGUGGUGAACCCGACAGCACACAUCAUGACAUGGUUAUUAACCGCCUUGGACACAAGAUCCAAGGAGUACUUUGUGAUGGGCAUUCCAAUGAGCUUGUAGGGUCAACAGUGGUCAGCUGCAUGAAAAUUGAUGAAGGUACCAUAACUUUUCUGCGUGAAGGUUGUGUCCCUGCAGCAAAGGUGCAACAGAUUUUUGAGAAGGUGAAGAACAGCAUGUUAUAAGAAAUGAAGCUACAGCAUCAAAACAUACAAAAAAAUUAAUUAAACGACAUUGUAAAAAAAUUGGAAAAAGGCAAAAAAUAAAGCCUUUUUUGUUUUUUACAUUGUGAGAUAAACAUGCCCAAGAAUUCUGGUUGAACUGUAUAUGUAUCUAUAUAUCUAUUACUGAUUGCUUUAUUUUAUUUAAAAAAUUUUUUUUUUAAUGUGAAAAUGUAAAUAUGUUAUAACAGUAUUGUUUUUCUGCUAUAUAUAGCAUCAUUGUAUAUAAAUAUAAAUGAAGGACCAUUGAUAUCAUUUAUAAACAUUGACAAUAAAUUAUAUGCUGGCAUGUAUUUAAAUAUAUCUUCAUUGUGUUUUUGUGACCUGGAGUGUGAGA